UCUCCUAACGGCUACUUCCGAACCGCUUUCUCCUGCCUCUCCUUUUCUUUUCUCGCAUUUUACAUUUUCGACAUUUCUCCAAAAACCAAGAACCAGAAAGAAAACCCCAAAAACACUUUUGCGUUUUAGUCCUCCAUUAAUGGCGAAUCUGUGAAUCACAUUACCAGGUUUUUGUUGUCUUAUUGAAGCCCUCUGUCUGGUUUCCGAGAAAACAAAGGAAAAGAAAAUUAGUUGAGUGGAGGUUUACCAGUUUCUUGGAACCAAAAAUCUAGAUAAUUCAUCGAGUCUUGUUUUUACUUUUAUCUAUUUUGAAGUUUCCUACUUGGGAAAGAAUAUGGACAAGGUUUAUGAAGAGCUUGAUGAAGCAAAAGCUGAGAUCGAGAAGCUCAGGGCAGAAUACAGAGGAAAAACAGAAGCAUAUGAAAACUUAAAGAAAGCCCACAAUGAGCAGCUCAUUAACGUCCAGGAUGCUAAUUUAAAAUUUCAGAAGCAGGUUCAAGAGCUAAAUGAAAAGGCAGAUGAAAACUCUGUUCUGAAGCAGAUGUGUGAUGAUCUACAAAGCAGUUUGAAUGAAAAAGAGUCUACGGUAAAACAUCUUCGUACUUUAUAUGAUAAACUUCGAGUUGAUUGUGAUGAGAAGUUCAGAACGUGGGAAGAGGAAAAACGAGGGUUGUUAUCGGCUUUGGAUGAGGCGAAUGAGAAGAAUUUUGAUCAUGAGCAACAGAUUCAUGGAUAUAAAGAAGAAAUUGAAAGCCUCAAACGUUGUUUAGCUGUAUCACAGAAAAAAUGUUUGGAAGCAGAGAAGAAAGCCAAUGCAACCAAAGAAGUGAGAGAUGGGGAUGAUAUGCUGCUCCAACUAGAAGAUGAAAACAGGAAGAUUGAAGAUCAACUAAAAUGGAAGAAGGAGCAGUUUGCGCAUCUAGAAGAAGCGCAUGAAAAGAUGCGAGAUCAGUUUAGAGAAAGCAUGAAGGAGUGGGAGCUGGAGAAGUCUUCAUUGCUUGAGGAGAUUGGUUCACUGCAAACAAGCUUAGACUCCCAAAUCAGUAUUUCAGAAGAUCUUCAAAACCAGAUAAAGAUGCUCAACCAAGCCCUGGCACAUGAAGAAAGCCGGAGAAAGCGUCUAGAAGUUCAAGUUUCUGAAUAUUCGACUCAACUGGAGAAUGUUUCAGGUGAGUACCAUGAUGCAAAAUCUGAACUGGGAUGCUUGACUUCUCCGAGGGACAAAGAAAUUGUAUCUCUAAGAAAUUUGCUGGCCCAGAAGGAGACUUCUUAUAAAGAAAUGGAAUAUCAAGCAGGAAAACUGGAACAAGAAAAUCAGGAGUUGCGAAUUUCCCUCAAAGAACUCCAAGAAGCUCGAAUACAAGAAGCAUCAGCUGUAUCUUCCCUAGCAAAGCUGCGUAACAAGCUCAAAAGUUUGGAGCAGAUGCAUAAAGAGACAACCGCUAAUAUAGGGGUUAAAGAAGCUGAGUGGAGCUCUCAACUGGAAAAGAUGACAGAGGACCUAAACAACCAGAGGUCUAGGUUAGAGAGUAAAGAUGCAUAUAUAGAGAAGCUGAGGAUGGAGUUGAAGCAUAUGCAUGGAGAUUCUGCUGAAAAUCUCAGGGCUAACGAAGCUGAAAGCGUUCAGUUGGAAAGCUUGAUAACAGACUUGAACAAUUAUAAGUCUGAUCUAGAAAAAAGAGAGGCAACGAUAGCAGAGCUUAGGAUGAAGUUGGAACAGAUGCAUGGGGAUUCUACUGCAGAUUCCAGGGAUAUAGAACCUGAAUGGAAGAGCAAUCAACUGGAAAAAUUGACAGGAGAUCUGAACAAGUACAGAUUUGAGCUAGAAAAUAAAGAUGCAGUCAUAAAAGAGCUGAGGACGGAGUUGGAAGGUUGUCAUUCUUCAAAUAUACAGCUGAAGUUGCAGAAUGAGGAGAUCUCUAUGAUGCUGCUGGUGUUCCAACUUGGAAUCUCUGAGGCUCAAUUGAAGAUUGCAAAAGAAAUCACUGAAAUGACCAGGACUGACAAAGAGAACGAAGAGAAGAUUUAUUUACUGAUGCAACAGCUGGAGAUGAGAAAUUCUCCUCUGGUUAGAUUGCAGACAGAUUUGGAAGAAGAACAUGAGAAGGCAACAUCUCUGUUGCAAAAGAUUGACUCCUUGGAUCUCAAUGGCAAUCAGAAGCUUCUAAUGCCGAAUGAAGUGGACAGAUAUGAGGAAAUGCUCAUGGAAUCGUCCAUGCGUGAACUUUUCCUGAAAGAACAUCUUUUUGAGUUGGCAACUGCCUUGGAAAAGAAACAUAGGAAAGUUUGUGAUGAUUUAGACAGAAUUAAUACUGAGUUGGCUGAGAAAAUUUGCGAUGGAAAUGAAAUUGAAUUUGAAUUGUAUAUUUGGAAAUCAAUUGCUGAACGUCUAAAAGUUGAUCUUGAAGAAAACAACGAAAAGCGUAAAGGGUUAGAAGCUUCCCUUCUUGCACAAAUAGAUGUUGGAGAAAUCAUCAAGCAAGAAAAAGAGUGUCUCGUCCAUGUGUUAGAAGAAAAAGACAAAACAAUAGAGAACCUCCACCAGAAAAUUGGGUUACUUGAGCAGAAGCUUAAAUCAAGAGAUAUUGGUGCUGAAACCACAAAGUGGGAAGUAGAUAUUUCCUCUGAGUCAGAAAAAGCAAGCUUCCUCCAGAUUACAAGAGAGAAGGAUGAGAUAUUGGGACAACUUCAGAAAGAAGUUGGGUGGCUAGAGCAAGAAUCAUUGAGAAGAGAACUCGAAGGUUUUCUUCUUGCACAAAUUGGUGCAGAAACAACAUUUGAGCACGAGAAAGAGACACUUAUCCAGCUUGUGGAGCAGAAAAACCAGAGGGUGAGUGAUAUCAUGCAUCUUGCGAAGUCAUCGGAAAAUAAGUUUAAUAGCUCAUUAAUUUCUUUGUCUUCACAGCUUGCUGAGAAACAGACAGAGAUUGAUCUGGUCCAUGAAGCUUGGGAGAAAAUUGCAGCUGCCGAGAUUAUGGCUGCCCUAGAAAUUGAAGAGAAAAAGUUGAUGGUCUUGGAACUUGAGGAUGACAUCAAUAACAUAAAGGAGAAAAUGGAAUUGCAAAAGAAAUCCCUGUGUGAUUCAGAACAGCAAGCAUUAAAGGUGGAAGAAAAAUUGGAAGCAAAAGAGUUGGAAAUGAAGACACUGACUGAUCAAAUGAACACGAAGCUGAUAAAUGCAGAUGCUGAAAUUGAGGAGCUCAAGAGUGAAAGAAGAAACUUAAUUGAAGAUGUCAUCAAGUUAUCUUCAGAAAGAGAAAACUUAUUGGGCUUCAUUGGGGGUCUGGGUGAUAGGAUUAGUGGGUUAUCCAGUACAGACAAACAACUUAUGGAUAUGUUGGAGGGGAUAAUGCUCUCAUUUGACAACUCUGGUUGUUCAGAGAGAGAGAUGAAAAUGGGCAACCCUAUAAGAAAGAGUGUGGAUGCCCCAGUUGCAAUGAAGAGAAUUGAAGCUGUUUCUGAUGUAAGAGCCCCGUUCAGAGAGAUCAACAACUAGAUGCUUGUGAGAAAAGAUACCAUUUAUCUUGGCUGUGUAACAAGAAAAUGUAGUGUAAAAAGUUGUUGGCUUAGCCAUGCAAUUUCUAAAGCAUGGAAAUGUAUUUAUUUUAUUUUAUUUUAUUUGUUUUAGCUUGUAUAUAUAUAUAUAUAUAUAUAUGCAAGCAUUUUGUCUCUGACAUAAUUGUUUACCACAUUGUGUAUAUGUGCAAGCAUUUUACUCGGCAUGUAAUUUUAGUUUUCUGAUUCAUUGUUUACUUUCA